AGCGGAGGAGGUUGUCCUGCCAUAGAAGAAAGCGAAGCCACGGAGGGAGGCAGGGGAACCGAUUGCGCGCUAGGCUGGCAUUGAUGGGCGCCUGCCUGUCAUGCACCAUUUAUGAUUCGCACGACCCCAUCGCAUGCUGCAUCUCGGCUCCUGUCAGCACACACCACCCGCCCUGGUUCCCCCCGCCUGCCUGUUUGCCACCAGAUUGCGUCUCGCUGCGUGUUCCCUGAUUGCGUGCGUCAUCGUGUUGAUGCAGCUGAUUUUUUAGGAGUUUAAAAAACAGCUGCCCUGCUCGCAUCCUGUCACCGCGCGCUGCCCUUUCUGUGGUUCAUGUCUGCUCUUUGUGCGAAAGCCAUUCGAGGAGCAAAGGGGAGCAAUGAUGCCACCGAGGGAGGAAUGCGUAGUAAGCACCAUUUGAUACACCAGACUCACAUUGCGCUGGCAAAAUACUGUAUCCAAGCUACGUUUCUUUGCAAACGUACAGUAGAUGCUCCGAAGCAACGUCGAUGGAGGCUUCGGACUCCGAAGUUCGGAGGGCCGCAAUCGCGUGGCACGCAUGUCCCAGGCAAAGCACGUAAGCAAGUUGAAGAGACGACGUUGAGUGAGUCACAGCGACGACGCUGUACGCUGUACGCGGUACAGUACGACCAGUGGGACCUGAUUUCCAGGCUCUUAUUGCCAGAUACUGUACAGUAUCUUCGGGAAUCGCCACUGCCUAGUACAGUACUGUGCGCACCGUGCACAGUCCAUCGCCUCGUACUGCACAUUGCUUCUCGGAGAAGCCGCAUCGUUCGACGUCACGACUCACGAGUGGAGCUGGGCGUAGGAGAGGCGUUCUGCUAGAAAGUCCGACAUGUGUCCGAAUAUAUGUCAGGAGAGGCGUGCUGCGGGAAAUUGAGAUAAGUUCGAAGUCCGAUUCAGGGAGUCCGACAGAGGGAGGCCGCAAGUGUCUAUCCUGCGCCCCUGCGGAGGCCACCCUGGAUCAUCUAUUACUAGUCGCUUCUUACACUUCAUUCGACGCGCUGAGUGCAGCAAUCCCGGAUUCCACUAGUAUUCCUGGAAUCCUUUCUUCGCUACCAUUAUGGCGGAAAACGUGGCAGGAUUCCCGUCGACGGACGCGCGGGAAGGCGGCGUGUGCAGCGGCUUGGAUGUGUAUCGGCCAUCGUUCGAGCGGCCAAGCGCUGGUCUGAGGCUGUCCGAAUCCGAGUCAGAGGGCCUCGCGUCUCCUGCCCCACUCGUCCUCCCGGGGGCUUGGACUCUCGCCGCUUGCAGCAAUGCGGACUCGCGGCUUCAGGCCGACCGAGGGUGCGGGGAGUUCGAGCCAAGAGCUGCGUGGCACUGCAUGAUUGAAACAGCCAACGGGUCAAGCCAACAGGCACCGUUGGACACUGGAGGGGGGUGUUGCCAGGCGGCUCAAGUAUGCGAGCCCGCGGCAUCGACCACACAAAGCGGGGAGGCGGCAUGGUUGCGUUUGAACGAGGAUUUGGAGACCGCUGCUGAUUGGCUGGCCUUUGAAACGGCAAGCGGGCUUCCUGGCAGCAGAAGCAAGGGUGACAUCAACUGGCGAUGCUCCCCAGGCAGGGAUGACAUCAACGUGCGACACUGCAGCCUGUCCUCUCACCGGUCGUCGUCUGGCGUCAGCAGCAUGGUCUAUUGGAGUCGCUCCGAGGACGUCGGUGUGAGUAGCGGCAUCAGCAGCAGCAGCACUAUCAGACGGAAGCCGUGUUCCCGUCGCACGUCCUCGUGCAGCGACAUCAGCACCAUCGCCGCCGCUCUGUCGCCUGCCACGCCGUCCGUCCAUGCGCAUGACGACGCCAGCCGCACGAUCCUGUGUGAUCAGUGCUCGCGGAUCGACGCUGAGCUGGCGUGCGACCCGCUGUGGAUCGAGAACGCGCGGACACGAAUUAGCGGGGCGGCGUUGGCUGUGGUGGAGGCGGAGCAGGCGGCGGGGGAGCUCAGCGCUCGGGUAGAAGCCCGAAUUCCCGAUGGGGCGUUGGCACUGGGUUGUGAGAGGAGCGUGCUUGGAGGAUGGAGAGCAGGAGGGAAGGUGAGGGAGAAGGCUGAGGCUGUCUUAGACAGGAUGGCGAUAGAGGUGGAGGAAGAGGAAAUGAGAGAGAAUGGGGCAGGAGGGGGGGUGGGGCAUGAAUGGGUAGUCAAGUGGAACUGGGAGAGGCUUGUACUCGGGUUGACCAAGUUGUCUACUGCACGUAGGAAGGCAGGGGGGAAUGGAGUGCGUGGCAAAAGGCAAUAGAAGACUGGGGCAAGAGGCAAGAGUAUUAGACUCAUGAGUUGUUCAUGGAUGGCCACAAGAGCCUUUGGUAUCUGAAUAAUUCCUAGGAGGACGCUGCUCAACAUCAUGUGGCCCACAG